CAAAGAAGCCACUACCCACCCCUUUGUCGAACUGACCAUGAUGUCAAUUACUUGCAGUUCUGAGCGCGAAACGAUUGCUCAUGCUCUGCUGCCAUAGGUGUUACUCACGGCAGGUUAGCCUGCAUUCGCCCAACAACCGACAAAGUGCUAUGUCGUGCCAUCUCCACUCUGGUGUGAUGUGACACACACUAUUAUUGCUGUUACCAAACUGGCCGGCGAAAGGUGUAAGGUGCAUUUUCAGCACAGGUGAACUCGAAGUGUGUGGUCGACGAAAACCCCAGCAAUGGCUCGCCCGCAUGAGGUGGCAAAGGCAACAAUGGCGGCCAGUGCAGUGCUCGCCGCUCAAGCUUCGCCAGCUCUUGAUGCCGCUGUCGCGGCAACCGUGCCUUUUGUGAAAGGCGCUAUUCAAGGGGCUGCGAACUUUGCUGUUGCACAUCCAGUCAUCGCCGGCGCUGUUGUUGGAGGUGCGGUGUUGUACGCCGUUUACAAGAACUUCGACGAGAUCAAAGCUGCUGCUGGCCGCCUCUGCGAGUCCAUUCAGGAGGGCUGGUUUGAAAUGACAGCCCGCCCUGAGGAUCGGCUGAGACGUGCGAACGAACAACUGCAAGAGCUCCAAGUUAGCUACGGCACGCUCUGUGCCCGGGUUUGCACGGAGGUCCAAGUCCACAAGGCGCUUGAGACUCAGGAGACACGCGAGGCUGUGCAAGAGGCCGUUCGAAAGCGCAAGGAGGCACGCCAGGCCCUGGACAAGCUCAGCGACAAGGUCGUUACCCUCAUGAAGUCAUGCGCCAAGUAGCUUGACAUGAACACGAACACCACACCGCCCACCGAGCUUCGCCUCUUCGCACAGCCUCCCCUUCUCAAUCUUGGCUUCCAUGUCGAUUACCACCUCUGCUCAUGACCACUGCUGCUGUUUUUGUUGUAUCCUCCUUCCCUGGUCUGCACGACUUUCCUUUCCAUGUGGUUUCCUCGUAUGCUCCUCUCACACAAUAAAUGAUGUACACGUCCAACCUCCUCAAAGUG